GUCACAGUGAGCAGCAGCUGUGAGCGAGUGCGCAUGCGUCAGUCUUUCCGCAGUUAAAUCUACGUGGCUUUACAUACAGCGGAGUUAGUAUAUCACAUCUUGCUGAACCACACUGUUACAGUCUUUGAUUUGUCAGAACAGCCUCAGCUCAACAUGGAUCAGGUCAUGCAGUUCGUGGAGCCUAGCAGGCAGUUCGUCAAGGACUCCAUCAGACUAGUCAAAAGAUGCACCAAACCAGACAGAAAAGAAUUCCAAAAGAUUGCCAUGGCAACAGCAAUAGGAUUUGCCAUCAUGGGCUUCAUUGGAUUCUUUGUCAAACUCAUCCACAUCCCCAUCAACAACAUCAUUGUUGGUGGUUGAAUUGGCUGCACGAUGAAGCCAUACAGACCCUCGGCUGCCUGAAACUGUGUUUGAUGAUGGACUGACUAUGGACAUUUGUAAAAAAUCAUGUUUUUUUUGUGCAUUUGACAUUUUAUAUUUGGCUGUGUUAAUAAAACAAAGGUUACAUUACUCAU